UUUCGUUAUGCUUUGUCUACAUUUGACGAAGGUAGUUCCAUGUUUCCGACCCGCGCAGCCCGUGAAUCGGUAGUCAUCAAUGGACGAUACAGACGUCCGUGGCGGGGCAUAUCUCUGGGCAUUCGCAUGGCGUUCGUGUCACGCGUUGACAUGCGUGCACGACGACGGCCGACGACGGCCAAUGACGGCCAAUGGGUCGGGUAAACAGAAGUAUCAUAAAGACGCAGGUCGCCAAUGACUCAAAAUGUCAAACUUUGCAUGACACUUCUGCUUGAACAGGGACAUUGUUGAACAUAUCGCAUAUCCUGUACAAUAUCAUGUCCCAAACAACUUACAAGAUUGCCGCCAUUCCAGGCGAUGGGAUUGGUGUUGAUAUCACCGAUGCAGCAGAGCAGGUCUUACAGAAGCUCGCUGCCGUAGUCGGAACUUUCUCCUUCGAGUUCACCACCUUCGACUGGAGUAGCAAGAAAUUUCUGGAGCGCGGUUGGUACAUGCCGGACGAUGGCAUGCAGCAACUCGCAAAGCAUGAUGCCAUCUACUUUGGCGCUGUAGGCUGGCCAAAUGUUCCCGAUCAUAUCUCGCUCUGGGGCCUGAUCCUUCCGAUUCGCAAACAUAACAACCAGUAUGUCAAUGUCCGACCUACAAGGAUCCUGCCGGGAACGCAAUCGCCACUUUCUCAAUGUCAGUUACGACCUCAGGAUCUGGAUUGGGUAAUCAUUCGUGAGAACAGCGAAGGCGAAUACGCCGGCCAGGGAGGUACCACACAUGAGAACAGCCCCCACACAGUCGCCACUGAGGUCGCCAUUUUCACCCGCGUCGGAAUAGAGAGGAUUAUGCGCUUUGCUUUUGAGACGGCCAAGGGCCGACCGCGGAAGAAGCUGACUAUGGUAACCAAGAGCAAUGCUCAAAGGCAUGGUAUGGUGCUCUGGGACAAGGUCUUCCACGAGGUCGCAAAGGACUAUGAAGGCCAAGUCCAAUGGGACAAGAUGCUUGUCGAUGCAAUGACUGUGCGCAUGGUGAAUAAGCCCGAGAGCUUAGACACCAUUGUCGCCACUAACCUCCAUGCCGACAUCCUGUCUGACCUUGCCGCCGCGUUGGCUGGAUCAAUUGGCAUCGCACCCUCGUCCAACCUCGAUCCAACAAGGAAGUUCCCUUCCAUGUUCGAGCCUAUUCACGGGUCUGCGCCUGAUAUCGCAGGCCAAGGCAUAGCCAAUCCCGUAGGAGCAUUCUGGUCGGCGGCUGAGAUGGUGCGAUGGUUGGGUGACGGCAAGCUUGACAAGGUUGCCGAUGACCUUAUGCAGGCUAUUGAGAAUGUCACCAGUGACCCAGAGACCCGCACUCGGGAUAUGGGUGGAAAGGCAAACACCACGCAAGUGACUGAGGCUGUCUUGAAACAGAUCGAGGUCGUGUUCGGCAAGAAGUAAACGCAGCACGCGCUGGUCUUUAGCUUGAAUGCCAUAGUGUCCCGAUGUCAAUAUUCAUGCCAGUCCU